AUGUCUCGAUUCUUCCGCGGCGGCGACGACAGCUCCAGUGAGAGCAGCUCCGACGAGGAGGACCUGUACUCGGGAUCCGAGGCUGAAGAGAACGAGAAGAUCGAGCAAGAGGAGGAGAGUUCCGAUGCUGCCGAGGAGGAAGUCGAGGCCGCAGAAGAGAGCGACUCGGACGCCGACCAGAAGAAGAAGGGUUUAUCUCGUUUCUUAGUCGACCAGGAUUCUUCCGAAAGCGAGGAGAGCGAUGGCGAAAUCACGGCCAAGGUUAAGAGUGCUAAGGACAAGCGGUUCGACGAACUCGAAGCUACUAUCACUGGCAUUCAAAAUGGGCAGAAAAUCAACGACUGGGGCUCCAUCUCCAAUGAAUUCGAUAAGCUAAACCGCCAGGUUACGAAACUUCAGGAUGGCGGCAAGGCGCCCAAGAUAUACAUCAAGUGUAUCGCCGAGCUUGAGGACUUCAUGAACGAAACCCUAGCCAAGCAAAAGGUCACGCCGAAGAAGAUGAACGCCACAAAUGCCCGUGGCCUGAACGCGGUCAAGCAGCGCAUCAAGAAGAACAACAAGGACUACCAAGAGCAAAUUGAUGCGUUCAGAAAGGACAGCGAUGACUUCAUGGAGUCGGAUGAGGAGGAAGUGCCAGCACCCAAGGCGACCAAGGUUCGAUUCCAGGAUAUGAUUGCUGCCGACGAUGCUGAAGAGGACGAUGAAGGCUUCGCAACAGUUGGCAAAGGCGGCCGCGCCCUGCUCUUCACGCCCGAGAGCAUCUUCAAGCACCUUCGGACCAUCGUAGAGUCGCGAGGAAAGAAGAAUACCGACCGCCUAGAGCAGAUCAAGAUUAUGGAGAAGCUUGGCGAGGUUGCGGUAACCCCCUACCAGAAGAUACGGGUGCUCAUGACCUUGAUUUCGGCCCGAUUUGAUCUUGGUUCGGGAGGAGCGGCGUCGAUGCCGUUGGAGCAUUGGAAGGCCGCCGAGAGGGAGCUCUUCCUUCUUCUUCGCACCCUCGAGACCGAAAAGGACCAUAUCAUCAUUGAGGGUGCAGAUGAGUGGGAUGACGAUGACAAGCCUCCAGUUCUCGAACAAGGGCAAAAGUACAUCAGAAUCCCCGGCAGUAUCGUCUCGUUUAUCGAACGCCUGGAUGAUGAGCUUACCCGCUCCUUGCAGAGCAUCGAUCCCCACACCUCCGAGUAUAUCGAGAGGUUGACGGACGAGGGUUCGCUUUACAACAUCAUCUUCAAAGGACUUCUGUACUACGAGAUGCUUCGCAAAGACGCCUCCCUGGAGGUCCCCCAAGAGAGCCUGAACCGCAUCAUUCAGCGGCGCUUGGAUCACGUCUACUUCAAGCCGGCCCAAGUUGUGAAGAUUCUAGAGGAGAACUGCUGGAAGGAGGUACCGAGUAAUGUGGACUCGACGAUCACCCCUCGGACCGAGUCCGUCGAUGCAGGGCACCUCAUCAAUGUUCUCUGCAACUAUCUCUUUGCGAACAGCGAUGGCAUCAUCCGUGCCCGGGCCAUGCUCUGCCAAAUCUACUUCCUGGCGCUACAUGAUCAAUACUAUAGGGCUCGCGAUAUGAUGCUCACGUCGCAUUUGCAAGAGAGCAUUGCCCAGUUUGACAUCACGAGUCAAAUUCUUUACAACCGCACCCUCGUCCAGGUUGGUCUUUGCGCCUUCCGGAAAGGCUUGGUUUACGACGCGCAAAACACUCUUCAGGAAAUUUGCGGCAGCGGACGCCAAAAGGAACUUUUAGCCCAGGGUGUCAUGAUCCAGCGUUUCAACCAGGUCAGCCCGGAGCAAGAACGUCUCGAGAAGCAACGGCAGCUACCGUUCCAUAUGCACAUCAACCUGGAACUGCUGGAAUGCGUCUAUCUGACGUGCAGCAUGCUUCUCGAGAUUCCCCUCUUGGCACAAACUGGCUCAUCCCCCGAUGUCAAGAAGCGUGUGAUAAGCAAGACAUAUAGACGCAUGCUCGAGUAUCACGAGAGGCAGAUCUUCACCGGCCCUCCCGAGAAUACCCGAGACCAUGUCAUGCAGGCUUCAAAGGCACUCGCUGCGGGCGAAUGGAAGAAGGCUACGCUGUUUGUCCACAGCAUCAAGAUUUGGGAUCUCAUGCCGAACACUGAGGACAUCAAGACGAUGCUUGCUAAGCAGAUCCAGGAGGAGGGCCUCCGUACCUAUCUGUUUACCUAUGCUCCCUUUUACGAUACUCUCUCUAUUGAGUCUUUGAGCACCAUGUUCCAGCUAGACUCACGCAAGGUGUCGGCGGUGGUCAGCAAAAUGAUUAGCCACGAGGAACUCGCCGCUGCCCUUGACCAAGUUACAGAGACUGUCAUCUUUCGCAAGGGCGUGGAGCUGAGCCGGCUCCAGAGCUUGGCUCUGACUCUCUCAGACAAGGCUAGUGCGUUGAUUGAGACCAAUGAACGCACACUUGAGCAAAGGACACAAGGGUCGGCUAAUGCUUUCAACCGGAAAGAUGGAAGGGGUGGGAACCGUGGCGGUGGCCAGCGUGGUGGCAGAGGUGGUGCGAGAACCGGCGGAAACACCCAACGACAGGCUGGUGGCACACAGUUCACGGGUGGCGCCUUGGGUGCGGCUGUACGCGGUUAA